CGGGCGGGGCCGGACCAUGGGCAGGCGGCGAGCGGGGCCAAGCGUGGCCCGGGAGAUUGCACCUGUGCCGUGUGCUCGAGCAUGGCUGUUCUUGAACAGAUGAGGAGGAGCAGAUGACCCACUGUGGUCCCUUCAAAUCUUACCCAUGCUGUGAUACUGUGAUCUCCUGGGUGGCAGGAGGGCUGCUGAUUGAUGGAUUGGAGGAGAAGCUGGCACGCUGCAGACAGAGCAUGGAAGAGGUGGACCUUAAGCUGCGCAGGGAGAAGCUCAGCCCUGAAGGAAGAAAGUCACUGGAGAGAGAGCGAAACUUACUAAUGACCAAAGCUGACAACUAUGAGAAAGAACUGAGUGUGCUUCGUAAGGAAAAUCGCAAGAAUGCUGCCCUUGCUGUGGCCAUGGCAUUGCUGAUUGCUCUUAUUUACGCCUGCUGGACGAUGUGAUUGCACUCAAGAAUUCUCCCUGUUGAACAAAUGACUCUUGCAAGGAGCUCUUCCUCCUCUCACCAUUGUGCCUCCCCCAAGGGUGAGGAUCAGCAUUUCAAAUUACUGUUUUUGUUUAUUGUCUCCAAGCCUCAUUGUAGGGAAGAUUUUUUUCACUUCAAAUGGAGGAGGACAGGAGACAAACCAGAAAUCACAGCACACUUGCACUUGGAAAUCAGGUCAAGCAGAGCUCAAGGUGGUGCCAUCUUAGCCAAAACACAGUCAGGACCAUCCAGCCUGAUCCAGCCAGGCAAUACAUUCACCCUUUUGAAGAGGAGCUUUGGGAUUGCAGACAGGUGCUUUCUGCCUAGCCCAGGUGGAAUACAGACCUUGGCUCCUGUGACACAGUCAUAAACUGAAGGGACCAAGCUCUUGAUGCAAAGGGUAAUCUGUAGGUAUUGCAAUUCUAUAUAUUCCCAGAGCUGAGCUAAAGAUGCUUCCUCCUCCACCCUGACUUCCAGGACCAAAGGAGUCCUACAUCCACAAAAGCAGAUGGGGUGUAGGUAUCUCUGCAAGUAGGGGGCAUCCACAUUGAGAUAUGGGUGCUUGGGGUGUGAGAUGAUCUGCCUGCCUCUCCAGUGCAUCAGAGUUUGGUAGCCAUUUUGUGCCUUUGAGAAUCAGCGUUUGCAAAAGACCAUUUACUAUCAACCCCCAGAGAUGAAAGUGCUUCUGUAGAGCUUUAAAUAAAGUAAUUUGACCUUUUAAU